AUGGCGGAGGACACAUUCAACCUGCGGAAGGCAUGGACCAAUUUCGUUCAUAUGCCCUUUCGGCAUAAGGCCUUUUGGUUCCUCGCCAUUUUUCUGUUGAUUUUAACCGUCCGAGACACCUUCAAUCUGUUCAACGAAUAUCUUGACGAUCCAAUGAAAGCGGACAUGAAUAUGAUCCUUAAUGAGACUAUGACCCUGCCGAAUAUUACUUUCUGUAUUCCAACCAAACAAGUUUUGAGUCAUUUUCCGAAUGGAAAUGACACAGCGACGGUCAUCGUAAGUUGGCAAUGCAGACGCGUUCGUAAAGUUGCUGGAGCAAUCGUUACCACGGUGUGGAAAAAAUCAGGGUGCCAGCGACAGCCCGAAAAAGCCAAUUGCACGGUGCAAAAGGCAAGAGAUUGCACAGUGCAAAGUGAACUUUAGUUUUUGCACAGUGCAUGUCGCAGAAAUGAAAUCAUUUGCAGAAAAAUCAGGGUGCGAGCGACAACCCGAAAAAGCCUAUUGCACUGUGCAAAAAGCAAGAAAUUGCACAGUGCAAAGUGAACUUUCGUUUUCGCACAGUGCAUGGCGCAGAAGUGAAAUCAUUUGCAAAAAAAAUCAGGGUGCGAGCGACACUCCGAAAAAGCCAAUUGCACGGUGCAAAAGGCUAGGAACCGCACAGUGCAAAGUGAAUUUUCGUUUUUGCACAGUGCAUGUCGCAGAAAUGAAAUCAUUUGCAGAAGAAUCAAGGUGCGAGCGACAGCCCGAAAAAGCCUAUUGCACUGUGCAAAAAGCAAGAAAUUGCACAGUGCAAAGUGAAAUUUUGUUUUCGCACAGUGCAUGUCGCAAAACUUGCUCCAGCGACUUUGACAAGAACAAGUAAAGUCACAAGUCAUUUUCAGAAACAAUUGGCAAAAUUCAAGAACAACGAAGAGAUGUUGAAGAAGCGCUGGCCUCCAGAACUGGCUCUGCACGCCUUCCAGAGUUUAGCAGCCAUGUUCACCGUCGAAAGAGAGAUGCUGGGAAGCCAUAUGGCGCAGGUGUUGUAUCGGUUCAACAAUCCGCCAAAAGGCCGAGAAUUUUUGAAUGAAAAGAGGAAGGGAAUCCAGGUAUGGUGCGGAUAAAUGACAGUAAUCAGUUUGAUGUUUAGUUCUGGGUGGACCAAAUGGCAAAGAGGAAUCUGACGUUCGACGAAAUCUUCCAGAAAGCUGGGAAAGAGGUCUUAAUGAAGUAAGCUAUCUCUUAGUGCUUUAGCGACUUUUCAAGCACCUAUAUUAUGCUCUGAAAAUGUAAACCACCAUUCUUUCAGGUCGAUAAAGCAGAUGGUUCGAAUCACCAAAGACGAUGAGGGUCCGAGGAUCAAAUUGUGGCCCAAAAUCACUUGGAUUUCCAGAACCUACGUCUGCUUUCAGCCAACCUAUGAUGAGGACAAUUACAAACCGAUUGCAGACCAAGUAAGUCGGUAGCUUAUAACGCACAGUGGGGGACCUGAUCUAGUGGCAAAAAACGUACCAUUUUGCAUCCGGGAAGGAUCAAAAAUAUCAAAAUACCUCAAAAAAAAACUUCAUUUUGAAAGGCGCACCAAUUCCCUCACAAAAAGAGCGGGCGCGCUUUUGAAAUCGACAUUUUUUUAAUUGGAAAGGGAAGCGUUUUGCCACAUUUUUGAUAUCCCGGAUGCCAAAUGGUACAUUUUUUGUCACUGGAUCAGGUCCCCCACUGUAGCAAUAAAAAUAGCAGGAAGAUGAAAUUCCGUCUGCAACUCCUUUUCUGAUUUUGAUUGGGAAUCGCGAUAGCGAUUAAUCGCUGCAAUUUGAUUUGACAUAGAUUCAGUCGUCAUUUUCAGGGAUCUUUCUUCUUUCUUCAAGUGGUCCAGAACAAAGCGAAUGAGAACACGGAAGAAAGCAAGAGAUGUAUUAGUGUCGACUUCCACGGCUACCCAUUCGAUUGGUCCAAGUUCACGGAAGGCGGCGGGACCAGUCGAGAUGGAUAUCAUGAAAACUUGUGCCCUGGACUUCGGCAUGACGUCACUGUGGAAGUGAAGAACAAAUACGACAUGUUGGAGAACGACGAGGCCGGAACUGCUUGUCGCGAUUUCAGCGACGAGGAUGAGGAUGAAUUCACAUGCAGGACAAGAUGUCGCAUGGAGUUGAUUAGAGUGAGUGGCGGGUUUUUGAAUGCUCCUAUGUAGUACCUUGGCGAUUUUAGUGUUUUAUUUCAGGAGUUAUGUCAUUGUACGCCGAUCACAACCAAAUAUUUGGCGGAGGAUGGGGACUUGGAGACUUUCCCGCCUUGUAAUUACAGUCAGUGUGUUAUUGAGUAAGUUUACAGGCAAUUGAUGAUAUGACUUCUUUGUCAACUCAUUAUUAGACUUGUAGGCCUUGAAAUCAGCUUGCAAAGGGUACCAAGUUCUACGCUCAGAUUCUGAUAAGACUUGGCACAAAAUUGGAAGUAUCCUUUUUGAGACAGCCACGGGACUUCUAGCUCGCGCUUUGUAGAAAUGACCGGGGUUUUUAGAUUGAAAAUUGGGAAAAAUGUGACAUUUUUUUGCGGAUUUCGGCAUGGAAAGAUUACUUAUAUCGCAGAGAGUAACCUUUUCAAAAAGAAUCAUCUUUUUCCAAGCGAAACUUAGAAGAAUGUGGCCAAAAGGUGUUUUUCUUUCUCUGCCCGCUCUCCGCAUUUUAUGUACCCUCUCGACGCCAAAUAUCGUUUUGGCUGUCUUUUGCUAAGCCCACGCUGAAACUUUCAGGGAUUGAGGUGUACCUUUCCUAUGACAUGUGUGCGAAGUUUAAAGAAAAUCUGACCGUCCCAAGAAUGCAGAACUUCCUUUCUAUCCAUUGUAAUUUCCAAACUUUUUUCAGCGUUCAAAAGCAAAGUAACCGAUCAGAACAGGCCUGUACCAAACGUUGCUAUCGCGACUGCCAUCAGCUUCGGUAUUCCGUGAGUGUGGACCAAAAAGUGUCGGUUACCGAAGUGGAAGACCAACGGGUCCGAAACUCGAAUGUCACUUCGAUUUUCCUUCUUUGGGGAUCCUUUGAAUACAUUGAAGUUACGCAGUCGAGAGUUUAUACGACCGCAUCGUUCAUCGGAGAGCUUGGCGGCGUCAUUGGGAUGUGGCUGGGACUGUCCAUGCUGAGUUUGAUUCAGGUAAGUCAGGGGUUGUAUUGUAUUUGUUACAAACUUUGUGGGCUUCGAUUUUCUGCUAAUAAAAAAUCGUUUGUUUAGAUGAUGACAUGGGCGACGGAGAAGCUCUUCGUCAAAGCGACGGACGUUGCCAAGGACGUCAAGAACGACUACGAAAGGAGGCAUUCGUCGGCGCAAGACUUGACCGCGAAAAAUAACAGCAUCCGCCAACGGAAGUGA